UACAAAAUGGAGCAUUCCCACUGAUUAUGAUGUUUGUUCUUUCCCCCACUCGUAUGACUCAUUACGGCAUUCUCUCCUCGUCCGGCUUUAAAAUUAGGGUUUCGAUCAAUCUCCUCUGUCGAUUUCCCCGUGCCCACACGGAUUUCGCUGUUCUAUAGCCGGUAGUUAUGGCUAAUCGGACAGACCCAGCUGCGAAAAGCAUAAGGGGAACGAACCCCCAGAACCUAGUGGAGAAGAUUCUUCGCUCCAAGAUUUACCAGAACACUUACUGGAAGGAACAAUGUUUUGGGUUAACGGCGGAGACAUUGGUCGAUAAAGCCAUGGAGCUCGACCACCUCGGCGGUACAUAUGGUGGCAACCGCAAGCCCACGCCGUUCAUGUGUCUUGUCAUGAAGAUGCUCCAGAUUCAGCCGGAGAAGGAAAUCGUGAUCGAGUUCAUUAAGAAUGAAGACUACAAAUAUGUUCGGGUUCUUGGUGCCUUUUACUUGCGUCUCACUGGGACUGAUGUUGAUGUAUAUCGUUACCUGGAACCUUUGUACAACGACUAUCGGAAAUUGAGGAGAAAAUUAGCUGAUGGAUGUUUUUCUUUAUCACACGUGGAUGAAGUCAUUGAUGAACUUCUUACUAAAGAUUAUUCAUGUGAUGUAGCUCUGCCGCGUGUCAAAAAGAGAUGGACUCUUGAAUCUGCUGGUUCAUUGCCUCCAAGGAAAAGUGCUUUAGAAGAUGACUUUGAGGAGGAGGAAGAAAAGGAGGAGGCUGAGCCAAUUAAUGAUUCUUUAGAAGAUGAUAUUCAUGAAAAGAAUUAUUAUCGUGGAAGAAGUCCGGUGCGGGAGAGAGACAGAGACAGAAGGCGUGAUAGUCACAGACACAGGGACCGAGAUUAUGAUAGAGACCGAGACUAUGACAGAGACUAUGAUAGAGAUCGGGGACGUGGAAGGGAAAGAGAUAGAGAUCGAGAAAGGGAUCGGGAUCGAGACAGGGAACGGGACAGAGAUAGAGAUAGGGAUAGAGAUAGAGAUAGGGAUAGAGAUAGAGAUAGGGAUAGGGAUAGGGAUCGCUAUCGCCUAAGGGAUGAGAAGGAAUAUGGUAGAGAUCGAGAUAGGGAAAGGGAAGGCAGGGAGCGGGAGAGACGAGAUAGAGAUCGUGGUAGAAGAAGGAGCCAUUCAAGGAGCCGAAGUAGGAGUAAAGAUCGGGAAGAUGGGGAGUACCGGAAGAGACACAGCCGUAGCAGUGUUAGUCCUAGAAGAAGGGACGGGGCGGAGGAUAGGGAGGAACCGAAGAAGAAGAAAGAAAAGAAGGAGAAAAAAGAAGGUGGGGCAGGUGAGGAAGAUCCGGAGAUUGCAGAAUGGAAUAGGAUUCGUGCUUCUCUUGGACUGGCACCUCUCAAGUAGAUGGUUUUCUCUUCUUCAGUUUCAAUGAUAUGUGAGUGAAUUCUGUUUCAUAAAGUAUUGAAGUUAAAACUUGUUAUGUAUUAAAGUUUUGAGUUUGAGCCUUGUGGUUCUGAUUUCUGUAUAAUAUUAAAUUUGCUGCUAUGCUAUUCUAUUGCAAUGUUGAAUGAUAGUAUAAAAUCACAUUUGGAAA